AUGCCACCUACCUCCGAUCCUCAAGCUCGCCUCAAGACCGCUCCCGAAAGCGUUCUCUUUCACGCCCAUUUCCGAGUGUACAUGCGACGAGAAGUGGCUCUCAAGCUCGUCGACGCCACUCGCCCUCCGAUGCGCUCUUUGUUAUUAGUCACUCGGGAUAUACCCUCUGGUCUACGUCUGCGCUCUAACGGCUACGCUUCUCUGUCGUGGACAUCACUCACUGCGCACGCCACUCGUCGAUUCGCUACUCGAUCAUCCGACCUCAAGCGUGUCAACACCGAUCGCACCGCAUUCAGUAUCGUCAAGGGUCUUUUGCGCUGUUUGAUCCUUUGGCCUUCUCCGCUCUCAAGCCGUGGACAACAACCAACACCCCUUUCCCACAUUGUGGGAAAGGUCUGUCCGCCCGACAUCUUUUGGCUUUCCGAUACUCUAGACGCGCUCUCGACAUCAGGACACGCUUUCGAUAACUCGACGUCAAGACAAACAACGGACGAGUCCUACACCUUGCUUCGCUUCUACUCCGUACGAUUCCGUCUCGAACCCUACGCGACUCUACUCCGCUGGUUCUCAAGGAGCAAGACUCUACGUGCGUGCCUCAAGCGACUUGUGUGCCUCAAGAUCCCUUGGGAUAGGUGCGCUGCUGGCGGGCAGCGCGCCGGCGCCAGACCUCAUCGUGGUCCAAGGGUGAACCUCACCCACUUUGCGGGUGGGGGCCAACUGGCGCUCGAGAGCGGGAGUGAGCGUGAGGUAUGUCUUCUUUCCCUAUUCGUGUUCAUCGUGGCUGAUUGUCUUUCGCAGAGUGAUGCGUGA